UCCGUACGUGAAACCUGUCCUUUCACCUCUUGCGGGCGAGUGUCCAGUUGACAGAGCGGCACCAUGUCUCUCGGAGCAGCUGUUCGUGGUUUUGUCAGACCGGUCGGGGGCAUGCUGCGGCCCCCGGCCCCGGUGCUGAGGCGGAGUUACGCCGCUCUCGCCGAGGCCAGGUCGAUACUGGAGAACGAGCUGGACGGGAUCCGAGUGGCGGGGACGUGGAAAGGAGAGAGAAUCAUCACGUCCAAGCAGGGUCCGCAGAUCAACGUGGACGGCAGUCGUGGCACCAUACUGAACUUCUGUGCCAACAACUACCUUGGUCUGUCCAGUCACCCAGAGGUGGUGCAGGCAGGGAUCGAUGCGCUCAAGACGUACGGUGCUGGACUGAGCUCUGUCAGGUUCAUCUGUGGCACACAGGAUCUACACAAGAAUCUGGAGCAGAAACUCGCACAGUUUCAUGAGAGGGAGGAUUGCAUCCUCUAUGCCAGCUGUUUUGAUGCCAAUGCCGGGCUGUUUGAGGUUCUGUUGGGCCCAGAUGAUGCAGUCCUGUCCGAUGAGCUGAACCAUGCCUCCAUCAUCGACGGGAUCCGUCUGUGUCGGGCAAAGAGGCUCCGCUACAAACACAUGGACCUCAGCGAUCUGGAGACCAAGCUCAAAGAGUCCCAGUCGUCCCGUGUGCGCCUGGUGGUGACGGAUGGAGUCUUCUCUAUGGAUGGAGAUGUGGCUCCUUUACAGGGAAUCUGCGACCUGGCUGAGCAGUACGGAGCCCUGGUCUUCAUCGAUGAAUGCCACGCCACUGGCUUCUUGGGCCAGAGGGGCAGAGGAACAGAUGAGCUCCUGGGAGUGAUGAACAGAGUUCACAUUGUAAACUCCACUCUGGGAAAAGCGCUGGGAGGAGCAGCUGGCGGCUACACAGUGGGCCCCAAGCCCCUGAUUGACCUGCUGAGGCAGCGGUCGCGGCCGUACCUGUUCUCCAACUCCCUCCCUCCUCCAGUGGUGGGCUGCGCCACCCGGGCUGUGGAGCUGCUGCUGGAGUCCAAUGAGAUUGCACAGACCAUGACGGCCAAAACCAUGAGGUUCAGGAACAAGAUGACCCAGGCCGGAUUCACCAUCUCGGGCUCGGCUCACCCCAUCUGUCCUGUGAUGUUGGGGGACGCGCGGCUCGCCUCUGUGAUGGCCGACGACAUGCUGAAGCUGGGAAUUUAUGUGAUUGGAUUCUCCUACCCGGUGGUACCAAAGGGCAAAGCCAGAAUCCGGGUUCAGAUCUCAGCCGCCCACACAGACGAAGACAUCGACCGCUGCGUCGAUGCUUUCAUCCAGACGGGCAGGAAGCACGGAGUCGUGUCCUAAUCAGCGCAGACAAAGAGGAUGAAGUAAAGGGAUUUAGAAAUAAUGAGGAGAAAUGGAGCUGCUUGCCUUUGCAGACCAUGCAGGCUGUUACAGAGCAUGGACUGUUACUCACAUGACCUCUGAAUGGCGUUGAUUCCACUGGCAGGUCAGUUGUGAUUAAUGUUAUUUUUGUGUUUGCUUUUCUUAGCUGAAUAAAGAACUUUGCUAA